ACUCGAGGUAGCUUCAGAUGCACGCUUCCUUGCAUUACAAAACAACUUCCCCUACCCCCCAUUGUACCUCUGCUCUGGUUUGGAACCCUUGUAUCCAAUGGGAGAUCCUCACGACGACCCCGGAGCGAAGUCGUUUUCGACCCUCCCGGGUUGUGGUUUCCGCCCUUCCCAGCAACAGCUCCUCUCGUACUACUUGACUAAGAAGAACAACGUCGACGGUGAGGGUUCCGAUGGUUGCGAUUCGAUUGGAGAGUUGGACCUCUACCACUAUGACCCCUUCGAGUUACCUAGCGGGGCGUGCUUUUCCUACGGUUACGGGGCCGGGAAGAAGCACUGGCUCUGUUACGCAGCUCGAAAUGCAAAGGAGAGCGAAGCGGGAAGGAGGAGGACGAAGACUGGGUACUGGAGGAGGGAGAGGGGAAAGGUGAGAGACGUUAUGGGCCCUGGAGGAGGAGGGAAGGUGUUUUUGGGGACAAGGUCAAGCUUCGUGUUUUAUCAGAAGAAUUCGCCCAAGACCGCUAGGAUUACUGAUUGGGUUAUGCAUGAGUAUGCGCUGCCUGAUCAUCUCAAGGCUUCUUUUGUCCUUUGUCGAGUGUUCUUCAAAUCUCGUAGUGGAAAUAGCAUAUUGGAUAAUGGCUUAAGUUCUUAUGCUGAGGAAGCUGUUUCUGCAGUGCGUCACAUUGGCAUUCAGCACAAUGGAUGCCUUACGCCUGAUAUUCUUGAAGCUAAACUGCAUGAUGACAAUUCUGUUUCUGGGGCCAGCAUUCUGCAUCAGUUAGGCAUGCAGCCUCGGGAGCCGGGUUAUAUGUUCAUCUGCAACACAUUGACCUCACGCUCUAACAUUAUGUUAUUUAUGGUCAGCCGUGUUUCUUGCAUGGAGUCAAAAUAUUCUUUUACAACCUCUACUUUUACCUCACACCAUUACAAGUUAUCCAUCAGCAAUAAUCUGCAAGUUCGUUCAGAACUAGAAGUAACAUGCAGUUUUAAAUUGCUUAAAGUUUUACCUAAAAACCCGUAAUACUAUUAUUAGCUACUUUUAACAUGAUGAUAGGCCUAACUUUCUGUACCACCAUGUACUCUGCUGAUGUGCGGGAUGCUUGCAGGAGAAAAUCAAAGUUUAGUCAACCGCAUUUUUUUUCCUUUUUCUAAUUUUGAUGUGGGAUUCAAACUUUAUAUGCUUUUGGAAAGUUUAAUAUUUUUCCUCAGUCUGCCUUUGUUUUCUUUGCACAUUUUACCCUCAAGAUUUUCUAGCGAAUCUUACUGUCUAGAGUGAGCAAAACAAAUACCUUCAGUGGUUAUCUGAGAUGUCUAUUAAGUAAUGAAGAGUAAUACUGUGAGCUCGUCUGUGCUUCCAGGAAAUAGUGCAAAGUCUUUUGAAGGUCUGACUAACCAGCAAGCGCUUUCCAUUUUAGAGGAAGAUUACAUUGAGUUGGACGAUCUUGUGCAGUAACUAUUCAUCAGAGACUUUGAAGCUGAUGAUUAUAAAGAUAUAUGAAUACUCAUUGGAAUGCUUUGGCUGUUACUGGAAAUUAUUGUUUCAGGAUUGGAUUUAGAUACUCAACAACAGAUGAGAAGGGAUAAAUCUUAAACAAGCUUUUGUGAAAUUUUUAAACAAUAUUGAGAUAUGUUAUGGAAGGAUGACUUGGCCUUAUAAGAUUUGUUCUCGUGCCUGAUAGAAGGCAAUUUAUCCCAAUGGCACACUGAGAGAGAUUAUUAUGAUUUACAAUGGUAAAUUAAGUUAUAUGAGUGUCAGCUGCUUCACCUGACUUGAUAAAGCUACAGUUGAUCCAUUGAUGGUAGAGGUUCUUCUUCCUCAUUUACAUCUAUUUUCCACCACCUCUUGAUCAGAAGCUUCCUUGGAAAGACCUCGUUUCCUUUAGCCUUCUUUUUCUGUAAUGAAACAAAAAUCGUUAAAGAGAUGGAGCUAUCAUAUAUGCUGAUUUUCUUAUGUAUGUUGAUAUAGUGCCAGUGGUGGGGUAGUUAAUAAUUUGAAUUGUGCUAUGAAGUGCUAGCUUUCUUGUUUUUCCAGCAGCUUUUCAUGGAGCUGCUUAUGACAUAUAAUCAUGUGGACAUGGUAAAUGUGUAAUUAUCUCAUUCCUGAUUGCAUAACUGAAUAUAUGAAGCUUGGAAUAACAGCAGAUUUUAUGAUC